CGUUAGCACGGUCUAAAAAAUGCUUUCACCUGUGUCUACGAUUCUUCCUCUCUCUAACUCCACGCCUCCCUUAUCCUGCGCGGCAGCCCCACCUCGCUUGCCCUUGCGCUUUCGCUCUCCUCUAGGGUUAGGGUUAUCUCUCUCUCCUCACAGAGACCAUAUAUUUUUUAUUCUCCAAUGCUCUUCAAAGACCUCGAGUUUCAGUCUUUAGGGUUCUUCUCUUCACUUUGUCUUCGAAGCAUAGGCUAUGGACGGGAAGCGCCACUCGAAGGACUCGUUUUCGUACUCGAAUUUGUUCAAUCUUGAGUCUUUGAUGAACUUUCAACUACCACUUCAAGAUGAUGAUUUUGAUUAUUAUGGGAAUAGUAGUCAGGAUGAGAGCAGAGGUAGCCGAGGUGGAGCAAUGGCAGACCGUAGUAAUGGGAUUGUGUCUGAGAGGGAAUUGAGCUUUGCAAAAAAGAAGAAGAAGAAGCGGAGCACAUACAGUAGCGACGAAGACGAGGACGUCAGUUACAAUACACGUAUUUCAGAGGAGAGAUAUCGAGCAAUGCUUGGAGAACAUAUACAGAAGUACAAGAGGAGGCUCAAUAGCUCCUCGUCUACUCCAGCUUCAACCCGGAUAGGGAUGCCGGCUCAGAAGAGCAAUUUAGGAUCCAAAGUUCGGAAAUUGGGUAAUGAGCACAGAGGAGGACUACAUGAAAUAGAAACCACAUCGGAUUUUCUCACUGAUAUUAGUCCUCAGAGAAUGGCUAACAAUUGUGAUGCAGAUUUUGCUCCAGAAUAUGGCGCUGAUAGAUCAAAUUAUGAAACAUCUUGUUUGGAUAUUGGGGAUGGCAUUACUUAUAGGAUCCCUCCGACUUAUGAAAAGCUGGCGGCAUCACUGAACUUGCCGAGCAUGUCAGAUAUCCGGGUGGAGGAAUUCUAUUUAAAGGGCACCCUUGAUCUGGGUUCAUUGGCUGCAAUGAUGGCGACUGAUAAAAGGUUUGGGCCCAGAAACCGAGCAUGGAUGGGUGAUCCAAAGCCCCAGUAUGAAUCACUUCAGGCGAGAUUGAAGGCCCUGUCAGCUAGUAACUCGGUCCCGAAGUUUAAUCUGAAAGUCAGUGAUAUUGGAUUAGACUCAUACUCCAUUCCAGAGGGGGCAGCAGGAGGGAUUCGGCGGUAUAUAUUGUCCGAGGGUGGUGUAUUGCAGGUUUACUAUGUGAAGGUGUUGGAGAAAGGAGACACAUAUGAGAUCAUUGAACGAAGUCUACCCAAGAGGCAAAAGGUGAAGAAAGAUCCUUCUAUGAUUGAGAAGGAGGAAAAGGAGAAGAUUACAAAAUAUUGGGUAAACAUUGUAAGAAAAGAAUUACCACGACACCACAGGAUUUUUACUAAUUUCCACAGAAAGCAACUAACUGAUGCCAAGAGGUUCUCUGAAACCUGCCAAAGAGAGGUGAAAAUGAAGGUGAGUAGAUCACUUAAAUUGAUGAGGGGUGCUGCAAUCCGCACAAGGAAACUGGCAAGAGACAUGGUGGUAUUCUGGAAGAGAGUUGAUAAGGAGAUGGCAGAAGUGCGGAAAAGAGAGGAAAGGGAAGUUGCAGAAGCUUUGAAGCGUGAACAGGAGCUUCGUGAAGCGAAGAGGCAACAACAGAGGCUUAAUUUCCUGUUGUCACAAACGGAACUCUACAGUCACUUCAUGCAGAAUAAGUCAACUUCACAACCUUCUGAAACUUUGCUUGUGGGUGAUGAUAAGUUGACUGAUCAAGAAGUGCUUCCGAGUUCUUCAGAAGCUAGGCCUGGAGAGGAAGAAGAUCCUGAGGAGACCGAAUUGAAAAUGGAGGCUCUGAAAGCCGCUCAAGAUGCUGUUUCCAAGCAGAAAAAGAUAACUAGUGCAUUUGAUGAUGCAUGUUUAAAGCUGCGUAAAAAUUCUGAACCUGAUGACCUCCAGCAAGAUACAUCAAUUUCAGGGUCUAGUAACAUAGAUUUAUUGCACCCUUCGACCAUGCCUGUAACAUCAUCAGUGCAGACACCAGAACUGUUUAAAGGUUCCCUCAAAGAGUAUCAGCUAAAAGGCCUUCAGUGGCUGGUGAAUUGUUAUGAGCAGGGUUUAAAUGGUAUUCUUGCUGAUGAGAUGGGCCUGGGAAAGACUAUCCAGGCCAUGGCAUUUUUGGCUCAUUUAGCUGAGGAAAAGAACAUAUGGGGACCUUUUUUGGUUGUUGCACCUGCUUCUGUCUUGAAUAACUGGGCCGAUGAAAUUAGUCGUUUCUGCCCUGACUUGAAAACUCUUCCAUAUUGGGGUGGGCUUCAAGAACGGACGAUACUUAGGAAAAACAUCUAUCCAACGCGUCUUUAUCGUAGGGAUUCUGGAUUUCACAUUCUCAUUACCAGCUACCAGCUGUUAGUUUCCGAUGAGAAGUAUUUUCGGCGUGUAAAAUGGCAAUAUAUGGUAUUAGAUGAAGCUCAGGCAAUCAAAAGUUCGAACAGUAUAAGGUGGAAGACAUUGCUCAGUUUUAAUUGUCGGAACCGCUUGCUUCUGACUGGGACACCUAUCCAGAAUAACAUGGCAGAGUUGUGGGCCCUCUUACAUUUCAUAAUGCCUACCUUAUUUGAUAGCCAUGAACAAUUCAACGAGUGGUUUUCAAAAGGAAUUGAGAACCAUGCAGAACAUGGGGGGACUUUAAAUGAGCACCAGCUCAACAGACUGCAUGCCAUUCUAAAGCCUUUCAUGCUGCGGCGGGUUAAAAAAGAUGUGAUUACUGAGUUGACAGCGAAAAAUGAGAUCACUGUACACUGCAAGUUGAGUUCUCGGCAGCAAGCUUUUUAUCAAGCCAUAAAGAACAAAAUAUCUCUUGCUGAGUUGUUUGAUAGCAAUCGUGGGCACCUUAACGAGAAAAAAAUUCUGAACUUAAUGAAUAUUGUCAUCCAGUUGAGAAAGGUUUGCAACCAUCCAGAGUUAUUUGAGAGGAAUGAAGGAAGUACAUACCUUUAUUUUGGAGAGAUUCCAAAUUCUCUACUGCCCCCUCCCUUUGGGGAGAUGGAGGACAUAUACUAUUCUGGAGGUCGGAAUCCCAUUACAUACAAGGUACCAAAACUGGUCUUCCAAGAAGUAGUUCGAAGUUCUGAUAUGCUUUGCUCAGCAGUAGGGCAUGGUGUCAGCAGAGAACUGUUUGAGAAACGCUUUAACAUAUUCUCCCCAGAAAAUGUUUAUCGGUCCAUGCUUCCCCAAGGGAAAAAUUCACAUGGGUCUUUUGCCAAAAGUGGAACAUUUGGGUUUGCUCAUUUGAUUGAUUUGUCCCCAGCAGAGGUGGCAUUUCUAGCAAGUAGUUUUUUCUUGGAGAGAUUAUUGUUUUCUGUUCUAAGAUGGGAUAGACAAUUUAUGGAUGGAUUCUUAGACUUGCUCGUGGAAGCUGAGGAUGACGACCUGCAUUGUGGUCACCUUGGGAGGGAAAAAGUAAGAGCUGUCACCCGAAUGUUACUGCUGCCGUCAAAGUCGGAGAUUAAUUUGCUUGCAAGGAGACUAGCUACAGGUCCUGGGGAUGCUCCAUUUGAGGCUUUAGUCAUUUCACAUCAGGAUAGGCUUUUAUCCCACAUCAGGCUUCUUCAUUCUACUUAUACUUCUAUACCGAGAACCAGAUCUCCUCCUAUUGAUGCCCACUGCUCGGACAGAAGCUUCUCUUACAAAAUGAUUGAAGAACUACAUCACCCUUGGAUUAAGAGGUUGUUAAUUGGGUUUGCACGAACGUCUGACUGUAAUGGCCCUCGGAAGCCAGAUGGCCCUCACCAUUUGAUUCAAGAGAUUGAUUCUGAGCUACCAGUUUCCCAACCAGCUCUUCAGCUCACAUAUAAGAUCUUUGGGUCAUGUCCACCCAUGCAAAGUUUUGACCCUGCUAAGAUGCUCACAGACUCUGGGAAGCUUCAAACAUUGGAUAUUCUAUUGAAACGCUUGCGGGCAGAAAACCACCGUGUUCUUUUGUUUGCACAAAUGACGAAAAUGCUGAAUAUUCUUGAGGAUUAUAUGAACUAUAGAAAAUAUAAAUACCUCAGGCUUGAUGGAUCCUCCACCAUAAUGGACCGUCGAGACAUGGUCAGGGACUUCCAGCAUAGGAGUGAUAUCUUUGUAUUCUUGCUGAGUACCAGAGCCGGUGGACUGGGUAUCAACUUGACGGCUGCUGACACUGUCAUAUUCUAUGAAAGUGAUUGGAAUCCAACGUUAGAUUUACAGGCUAUGGAUAGGGCUCAUCGGCUGGGUCAGACUAAGGAUGUGACUGUCUAUCGAUUAAUUUGUAAAGAAACCGUUGAAGAGAAGAUUUUGCAAAGAGCGAGCCAGAAGAGUACUGUGCAGCAGCUUGUCAUGACUGGGGGUCAUGUUCAGGGUGAUCUCCUGGCCCCCGAGGAUGUUGUUUCAUUAUUAAUUGAUGAUGCCCAAUUGGAACAGAAAUUAAAAGAAAUUCCAGCACAGGGUAAGGAUAGACAGAAGAAAAAAGCUGGAUCGAAGGCUAUACGAAUAGAUGCUGAGGGUGAUGCAUCUUUGGAAGAUCUUGCAAACUUUGGAUCUCAGGGUAAUGGACAUGAGCCCUCUCCUGAUCCUGAGAAGGCAAAGUCCAGUAACAAAAAGAGGAAAGCUACCGCCGGCAAGCAAACUCCUUCAAAGCCAAGGCCUCAAAAGAGUUUGAAAAAUGCUGAUUAUUCAUCCCCCAACAUGAUGGACUAUGAAUUGGAUGAUCCCCUUCAAAACUCGGAUACCCAACAGCAGAGACCCAAGAGGCCAAAGAGGCCGACGAAGAGUGUAAAUGAAAAUCUUGAACCAGCAUUUACUGCCCCUGUGGUGGUUCCAGAGUGGAUUCCGAAUCCACCUGUGCAGGAGACCCAAUCUUCUGGUUUGGAAACAGGAGCUGAUGGAACCCCAAUGCAUAACAGCGACUUGCCAACCUGAUAAUAAUAGGAAAUGGGAAAUUUGUCAAAUUUAAAUGAGGCUGCAAGCCUGUUAUGUGAAGAGAUGCAAACUCACAAUCUGAAAUGAUGGAUGCUUGGGAGGGUCCUUUCUGACUGGGACCGCUGGAGCUGGACAAGGGGAACACCAGCGGAAUUGUAUGAUAGUGUUAUACAGAUUAGUUAUUCAGAUUUUUGUUGCCAGUUUUACUGGUUAUUACACUAUUAAGUGUUUGUAUAGGUGAAGUCUAUCUUGGUUGUAGGAACUACAUAAUUGGAUCAAAGAUUUUGUAAACAGCCUCAAGAUGCAUGAAAUACGGUGGGAUGGGGAACUUUGCUGAAAUAUAAAUUGAUAAGGAGCACAUAAUUUGGUCGACCAUGUA